AUGGCGGAGGUCAAGACCGACGGCGCGCAGGGUCUUGACCUGCUCGACCUGCGCAAGGACAUCCUCUCCAGCUCUACCAAGCGCCGCAUCGCCAAGCUACGGCUGGUGGAGCAGCAGCUGCAUGACAGCACUAUCGCCCCCAGUGACGCCAAGGGCGUCCUGCUCAUCCUAUUUGACACCUAUCCGCUCUACAUAGACCGCCCCUCGCGUCAAGCCGUGCACCAGUGCCUCCGCGCCGUCGCCGCGAGCCCAAUCGCCGAGGAAUUGGUCGGCGGCACUGCCAAAUUCCUACUCGCCGAGUCCGCCAAAUCCAGCGUCGCCGCUGCCAAUGUCUUUAGCCUCGUCGAAUGGUGCUCCAUACUGCUGCAGGAGUUCGGCGCUCGCGAGAACUUGUGGAAGAAGCAUGGGCUCCAGGUCGUCGCCGCCGAUGCUCUCUUGCUCGAGACGUGUCUGGGCUCCGCUAGCCGGGACGGCCUGAAGAACUCGGCCCUCGUUGUCACUCGCCGUGCGCUCCGCCGCGUCUUCAAAAACGAGUCCAUUGGCAAGGAUGCCAUCCAGUCGUCCAUAGCAGCAUUGACCGCCAAGGGCAACGCUCCCACCGCACGCAAUGCCGUCUUCUUGGGCGUCAUUGCAGGCGUCUGUUCGAGGAUACCCGCAGCCGAGCCUGUGCUCGCGGAGAAGAAGAAAGACUAUUACACCUACUACGUGCGGGAAAUCAUUGGCUCUAAGACGGUGCUGCCCAAGCACAUCACCAACGGCCUGCAUGACUUCUUCAGCGUGUUCACGACCCUGGAGGAUUUGCAAAAGGAAAUAAUCCCGCCGGUCGAGAAAGCGCUGCUGAGGGCUCCCGAGGUCGUCUUGAACGAGCUUCUGGCGCCCAUGCUGCGCUCCCUCCCGCAGGGCCUAGACCUUUCCGAGGUGCUCCAGAAGAACCUGCUCAAACCCCUCCUCUCGAGCGUCAAGUCUACAAACGCCACGAUCAGGGCGGGUUCUCUAUCCACCUUUGAGGCAAUCGCCGCUCGCUCCGCCGACGAUCAGGUUCUUGACAAGGUCGCGGACGAGGUUCUGAAUCCCCUGAAGCAAGGAAAGGUGACGGUGGCGGAGCAGAAGACGAUCCACGCACAGAUGCUCAUUGCUUUGAAGAGCUCCGAAGCCCUCGCCAAGAAGAUCCCGGCUGGCCUUGGCCCCGUGGCGAUCAAGGAACCCAACGAGGUGGCUGUGGGCGCGGAGACUCGCGCUAUUUCCAAGCAUCUGGCGUUUUCUCUUACCACUGGAGGCUCGGUUGAAGCUGCUGUCACCGAUUCCUUUGUCAAGGGCCUUGGUGACAAGCGACUGCCCGUGCGAAGGCUCUGGGCCUUGCGCAUCGGUGAACUGCUCUGGACGCUUGAUGAAGAGCAGGCUAGGCAGGCCGGCGUUGUUUCUUUUGUCCAAGCUGUCGUUCAGAAGCUCUUCGACUCGUGGCAAGAGGUAAUCAAGAACCCUAUUCCUGCCGUGCAAAGUGGUCUAGUCACAGUAGCCUACAUUGCCACAGCCUUUGGCCUCUCCAAGUGGAACAAGGUCGAAGACGAGAAGAUCAAAGCCGCGCUCACCAAGGCUUCCAUCGUAAAGAAUGUCAUGAUGGCGGAGCCCAAACCCUCGUUCUUGCUGAACCACAGGGUGUACUCCAAGCUUACCACAGAAGAGGAUCUGGCUUGGGGUCUCCGUGCGCUAGCCUCUGUAACUGAGACGAUUGCUGAAGGGAAGGAAGACCCGCCGGUUGAAGAGUCGUGGUCGCAAGCCUUUUUGUAUUUCACGUCAGCUGCCGGAAUUGCUCCCAGCGUGCGUCAGGAGGCGAUACGGUCCUUGUCCAAGGCCUAUGCUCGCUAUCCCGCACGUAUCGCGCACAUCAUCAUCAACGGCCUCUGGCAAUGGCGCCGAAACGUGGAAUUGAACGAGAAGGACACCGCGGCGACCACGUCCAAGACUGGCAACGAUGAGCUCUACCUUGCUUUGCGCGCGAUUUGCCUCACGCCUGAAGAGCAGAAGGCCCUCGAGGCUGCCGUUGACGACUCGACGCUACGCUCGCAAUUGAUCAAUCUGCUCGUGCUUGCGCGACCUCAGCUUCUGCCGCGGGUGUCUUGGAUCGACACGUGUCUGAAGACUGGUGUCGAUCCUGGUGAACUUGUCAAGAACGAUCUCGACCGCUGCAUGGAAACCAUCAUCAACGCGACCAAGGGAACCACUUCCAUCCACACUCCUCUGGUGAGGCAAGCCGCUUACGCUGCCGGUGCUGAUCUUGCCUUCGUCGCCCCCGAGGUCGCAAUCCCUCGGCUUGUUGAACAGAUCAAGCAAGAUCUUGACCCCAAGCAGCUCGAAAACAUUGGACCCACUGAAGCAGCAAUAUUCCGCACUCCAGAAGGCACUCCUUUCAUCGAUGUGCUUGCUAAGCAACAAGCUCGGGUUCCUUCCAAAGGCGACAAGGACUACGACACGUGGAAAUGGGAGCAAGAACUGCGGGACCAGAUCGCCUCGAAGAAGGGUGCGCAGAAGAAGCUCACUCCUGACGAGCAGGCCAAAGUCAGGGCCCAGUUGGAAAAGGAGUCCAAGAUCCGCCAAGAAGUCUCCGUUGUUGAAGCCUCCCUCCAACGUGGUGUCGGUACGAUCAAGGCGCUCGCAACCGGCCCGCCUACCGAGGCGAACUUGUGGCUUGGACCGGCUAUUGAUUCGAUUUUGCAAGCCAUGGAUGCCGGUGCCGGUCUCGUCAUUGCCGACGCUGCUACUUCUGCGUACAUCUCCUGUGCGGAACGCAUCUCGCCCAGGCUAGGCGUGCACAGACCGUUCUUUGGAAUCGCCACCUUGCGGGCCAUGAAUAUGGCGUUCCUGCCGGACGGACUCGCCGACGAACCGCUCGGCGACCUCGUCACCAGGUUGCUCUACCGUUUGAGGUUCCUGAGCGAGCAGCGUCCACUCGACAGCAUCUCGCUCACCUACAUCCUCCCACUUGUCUUUUUGGUGCUUGAGAACGGUGCUAUUGACAGAGCAAAUGAGGAAGAGGCCGAUGAGCAGAUCGUCCUUGCUCUAGAAUUCAUUUCCUUCCAUACCGACUCAUGCUCUGACAAGACCCUUCCCCGACGCAAGCUCUUCUCCAUUCUCGUCAAGUCCAUGCAGAAGUUUACGCAGCACUUCAAGGUCGUCAAGGAUUGCCUGAUGGACCUGUGCAGAGGCAUCGGAUCCGACUUGAAUGCCGAGGAGACCCUGGCCGUCACGAAGGGUGCUAUUGUGCCUCAAGUUUCCGUCAGAACCUCGGUCCUUCAAGCCAUCGAUGAGGAGGUGGAUAUCAUCGAUAUCGACUUUUCGGAAGACAUCUGGCUUGCAUGCCACGACGACGUGCAGGAGAAUGUUGACCUUGCGAAAUCCAUCUGGGAAGCGAACGGCCUGGAGCUCCCCGAAGAUGCCGCCGUCAAAAUGCUUCCCUACCUCGACGCUACCGAUAAGCAGCUCCGCAGAGCUGCUGCACGCUCCCUCGCUGAAUGUGUCUCGGUCAAGCCGGAAGUCUUUGAGAGCAUCGUCAAGCAACUUCAAGACAUCUACAAGGAGAGGGCGAAGCCCCGGUUACCUGAACGUGACAGGUAUGGCAUGCCCAUCAAGAAGGAUCUCACGGACCCUUGGGAGGCGAGGAAUGGUGUCGCUCUGGCGUUCCGCGAGCUUGCAAACCAGUUCCGGGCCGACGAUUUGGUGCCGUUUGUGUCCUUUAUGAUUCAAGAGGGCCCGCUUGGGGACAAGAGCGCAGCUGUUCGCGAUGAGAUGGUCGAAGCGUCGGUGGCGAUCAUUUCGCAGCGUGGACAGCUGAAGGUGGAGGAGCUUAUGGGGCUCUUUGAACGCGCCCUCGAGGCGCCCGACCAAGGAAGCGAGGCUGCUGACUUGGUCAACGAGGCCGUCAUCAUCCUUUACGGAGCUCUCGCUCGCCAUCUUCCGUCGGGCGAUGACCGUGUCCCCAAGGUCGUACAGCGGCUCCUGCAGACACUCAGCACCCCGUCCGAGACGGUCCAGUACGCAGUUGCUGAAUGUCUUCCCCCGCUUGUGCGGGCCUCAGACGACAAGGUUUCCGACUACGUCCAGCACGUCAUGGACGAACUCCUCCAGUCGAAGAAGUACGCAUCCCGUAGAGGCGCGGCAUACGGCCUGGCUGGCAUUGUCCGUGGCAAAGGUCUCGUCCUUCUUCACGAGAAGCGCAUCUUGUCUACGCUCAAGGGCGCGGCUGAGAACAAGAAGGACCAGAACGCAAGGCAAGGCGCUUUCUUGGCUUACGAGCUGCUUGCUCUCGUCCUCGGUCGCAUCUUCGAACCCUACGUCAUCCAGGUUGUGCCACAGCUUCUUGCUGGGUUCGGUGACGCCAGCGCAGACGUCCGAGAGGCGUGCCUGGACGCAGCCAAGACGUGCUUCGCCAACCUGAGCUCUUACGGUGUCAAGCAGGUCCUCCCGACUUUGCUCGACGGAUUGGAUGAGCAACAAUGGCGUAGCAAGAAGGGUGCGUGCGACUCUCUGGGUGCCAUGGCCUACCUGGACCCGCAGCAGCUCGCCAUCAGCCUUCCCGAAAUCAUCCCGCCUCUGACCACCGUCCUCAACGACUCUCACAAGGAGGUCAGGGCCUCAGCAAAGCGUUCUCUGCAGCGGUUCGGAGAAGUCAUCAGCAACCCCGAGAUCAAGAGUGUUGUGGACAUCCUCCUCAAGGCUCUCAGCGACCCCACGAAGUACACGGACGAGGCUCUCGAGUCGCUCAUCAAGGUCAACUUCGUGCACUACCUCGAUGCUCCAUCGCUCGCGCUCGUGGUCCGCAUCCUUGAGCGUGGUCUGGGUGACAGGUCUGCCACCAAGCGCAAAGCUGCCCAGAUCAUCGGCAGUCUGGCUCACCUUACGGAGCGGAAGGAUCUCAUCUCUCACCUGCCAAUCCUGGUUGCCGGUCUGCGCGAGGCAAUCGUCGACCCCGUCCCCACGACCCGUGCCACGGCGUCGAAAGCGCUUGGAUCCACCGUGGAGAAGCUCGGCGAGGAUGCUCUUCCCGACCUCAUUCCCAGCCUCAUGGCCACUCUCAAGUCCGACACGGGUGCUGGCGACAGGCUCGGAUCCGCACAGGCACUCAGCGAGGUGCUUGCCGGUCUCGGAACGAGCCGUCUCGAGGAGACUCUGCCGUCUAUCCUCCAAAACGUUACCAGCUCCAAGCCCUCUGUCCGCGAAGGCUUCAUGUCGCUGUUCAUCUUCUUGCCGGCAUGCUUCGGUAACAGCUUUUCGAACUACCUUCAGAAGAUCAUUCCGCCGAUCCUUGGUGGUCUUGCCGACGACAUUGAGUCGAUCCGCGAGACGGCCCUCCGCGCUGGUCGUCUGCUCGUCAAGAACUUUGCCACUCGCGCCAUUGACCUACUGCUUCCCGAGCUCGAGCGCGGUCUUGCCGACGACAGCUACCGCAUCCGUCUCAGCUCCGUCGAGCUUGUUGGAGACUUGCUCUUCAACCUCACGGGCAUCAGCGGCAAGACCGAGCAGGAUGAAGACGAGGAGGGCGCCAGAGAGGCAGGCCAAUCGCUGCUCGAAGUGCUCGGCGAGGAGAGGCGCAACAGAGUCCUCUCGUCCCUCUACAUCUGCCGUUGCGACACGUCAGGUCUCGUCCGCACGGCCGCCAUUCAAGUCUGGAAGGCCCUGGUCGCCUCUCCACGCACGCUUCGCGAGCUCAUCCCCACGCUCACUCAGCUCAUCAUCCGCCGUCUCGCAAGCUCCAACAUGGAGCAAAAGGUCAUUGCCAGCAACGCUCUCGGCGAGCUUAUCCGCAAGGCUGGCGAGGGAGUGCUCGCCACGCUCUUGCCUACGCUCGAAGAAGGCCUCCAGACUUCGACCGACACGGACGCCAAGCAAGGUAUCUGCAUCGCCCUGCGCGAACUCAUUGCUUCUGCCGCGCCCGAGUCUCUCGAGGAGUACGAGAAGACGCUCAUCUCCGUGGUGCGUACGGCACUGGUCGACCCUGACGAUGACGUCCGUGAAGCCGCUGCCGAGGCGUUCGAUGCUCUGCAGAAGAUCCUCGGCAAGAAGGCCGUCGAUCAGGUUCUUCCCUUCCUGCUCAACCUUCUCCGCUCCGAGGAGGAUGCUCAGAACGCCUUGUCCGCUCUUCUCACCCUCCUCACCGAGCAGACUAGGAGCAACAUCAUCCUCCCGAACCUGCUGCCUACGCUCAUUGCUUCGCCUAUUUCCGCCUUCAAUGCUCGUGCUAUUGCAUCUCUCGCCGAGGUGGCCAGCUCGGCCAUGACUCGCAAGUUGCCGCACAUCCUCAAUGCUCUCAUGGACAACAUUGUCAGCACAAAGGACGACGAGUUGCGGAAGGAACUCGACUCUUCCUUCGACACAGUCUUGGUGUCGGUGGAUGAGUAUGACGGUCUCACCACCGUCAUGAGCGUGAUGCUGGCGCUCGUCAAGCACGACGACCACCACAGGCGCCGCGCGGCCGACCUUCACCUGGCCAAGUUCUUCCAGGCCGCCGAUCUCGACAUGUCCCGCUACUACCCCGACCUCAUCCGGGCGCUGCUCGUGUCUUUCAACGACAGCGACCCGGAGGUCGUCAAGGCGGCUUGGGCGGCGCUGAGCGCCCUGACGGGCCGCCUACGCAAGGAGGAGAUGGAGUCCUUGGUCAUAUCCACCCGCCAGGUCCUGCAGUCCGUCGGCGUAGCAGGUUCGGACCUGCCCGGAUUCAACUUGCCCAAGGGCAUCAACGCCAUUCUGCCGAUUUUCCUGCAGGGUCUCAUGAACGGCUCGGCCGAACAGCGGACCCAGGCAGCUCUUGCCAUCUCGGACAUUAUCGACCGCACGAGCGCGGAGUCUCUGCGCCCGUCUGUCACGCAAAUCACCGGUCCUUUGAUUCGUGUCGUUUCGGAGCGUUCGGUGGAGGUCAAGGCUGCCAUUCUCUACACUCUCAACAACCUGCUCGAGAAGAUCCCGACCUUCCUCAAGCCCUUCUUGCCGCAACUGCAGAGGACUUUCGCCAAGUCGUUGGCCGACACUUCGAGCGAGAUCCUCCGGAUCCGCGCUGCCAAGGCCCUCGGAACUCUCAUCACGCUGACGCCACGUAUCGAUCCGCUCAUUGCGGAGCUUGUCACUGGUUCCAAGACGUCGGACCAUGGCGUCAGGACGGCAAUGCUCAAGGCUCUUUACGAAGUCGUCAGCAAGGCGGGUGGCAGCAUGAGCGAGGCUUCGCGCAACUCGAUCCUCGGCCUGAUCGAUGCGGAUAUUGACGAGGCGGACGAUGCUAUGUCGAUUCAGAACGCGCGCCUGCUGGGAGCAUUGAUCAAGAACUUGCCCGCCGAGACGGCAGACAGCCUGAUCAAGAAUCGGGUGCUCACGUCUUCGUACAACAAGUCGUCGGUGCUGGCGCUCAACUCGAUCUUGCUCGAGUCUCCCGACACGCUCACCGAGUCGCACAGUGAGGAUACGGUCGCGACGGUUGCGAACGGAAUCACUCAUGCCAAUGCCAUGGUCGCGGACAAUUGUGUGCUGGCCGCAGGCAAGUUCUUGCUGACCGAGUCGAGUAACAAGUCGUUCGAUGCCACCAAAGCCAUCUUCGAGUCGCUGGCACAGGUCAUCCCGCCGGGCAAUGCGGUCGACACGCGACGCCUGUCGCUGGUGGUCAUCCGCACGGUCAGCCGGCACCACAACGACCUGGUCAGGCCGCACCUCGCGCUCCUGGCGCAGCCCAUCUUCGCCAGCGUUAGGGACAUGAUCAUCCCCGUCAAGCUGGCGGCCGAGGCGGCAUUCUUGGCUAUUUUCGACGUAGUCACUGAGGAGAAUGCUGUGUUCGAGAAGUACAUGGCAGGCCCUGGAGCGUCGCUGGGCCCUGGCCCCAAGAGGAGCAUGCAGGACUACUUCAAGCGCGUUGCGACGAGGCUGGCGGCGCAGGCUAGGGAGAGAAAGGAGGCAGAGGGUGGACAGGGUGGAUUGGGCUUGAGCAGCGACGAGGUGGAGGACGAGCGUGAAGUGUGGUCGGUGGGCAAGGUGGAUCUGGGUGAAGGGGGCCUUGCGGACGAGUAA